AAGUGUGCAAUUGGCAACAAUGGAAAAACAAUCAUCAAAUUCAAAAGAUGAAACGGAGAAGAUUCCACAAGUGGUGUUGCUGCAAGUUCUUGAAGCUUUGAAGCAAGCAUCUCACGACAUACAAGAACAACAUGGUUCGCCCAACUCACCAGCCGUUAAUGCUCUACUAGAGUUACACACCAUACUCUCAACGGACACAGCUCUCUCCAACCACCUCAACCGUCUCAAAACCCUCGUUGACUCUCUCAACCGUUCUAACUCCAACGGUCUCCGAUCCUUCCUAACUCGCCGAGUCUCAACUCACUCCAUCUCCCGAGUCGCCAACUCUAUCGAGUCCGAAAUCCAAGCCUGGAUCGACCGCGAAACACUUCAUACUCUCUCAUGCUCCUUAAGGGAACCUAUCCCCAACGAGGACGAGUUGUUACCUUUAUUGACUCAGUUCCGGGACCGAGUCUCCCAAGGGUUCAACCGCGAGUUACAGGACCUGGUUCUCAAGUUCAAGCUUUUCUCUUCCCUCGAAUCGCUUCUCUGCGAUGCCAAGUGUUCAAUAACGGUUCGGGAGCAGGCCGGUCUGGCCGUCGCGGCGUUGAUCCGGUUCAACAAGGAUGUGUUCGUGGGUCAGGUUCUCAUGGGUCCCACCAUACGAGCUUUGGUUUCCAUGGCUUCCGUUCAUUCAAUCGAGGUUCUGAACUCACUCAUAAGGUCAAUUAGGUCACCACUCGUGGAUGAGAUCGAAUCCAAUGGCGAGAUACCAAACAUCAUAGCACUAUUGAAUUCGGAAGACCUGCAAAUGAGGGUUUUGGCCAUGGAUUGUGUUCUUGAAAUUGGUUACUUUGGUCGCAAGGAAGCCAUUGAGGCUAUGCUGAAGGAGGGUCUAGUGAAGAAGCUUGUGGAGCUGCAGAGAUCUGAAGUGGGUGGUGAUUUGAUUGACUUGGAUCAUGAGAAUAAGAAAGAACAUGUUGGUCUUGGAGGGAAGAGGUUCUUGGAGAAACACCCUUUUGCAAGCUGUGUGGCUAGGUUUGCUGUGCAAUUGGAAGUAGGAGAAGGGUUAAGGCAAAGAGAGAAAAGGGCUUUCAAGCCACAAAUUUUGGUUAAGGUUAGAGAGGCCUCUGUUUCUGAUGCCGAAGCUGCAACCAUUGUUGCUGAGGUUUUGUGGGGCUCUUCGCCUUAACUUUUGUUUUUUAAUUUUUACAACAAAGUGAUUCAAUUGUUAUAUUGUUUCCAUAGUGUAAUUAAUAAUAAUACAUCUUGUUCGCUUACAUUUUGUAUAAUAAUGUUAUU